UUUUAAAAUUUAUGAUAUGAAUUUACAUUUUAAUUACCACAAAAAGGGACUCAAAUAACUCAGAAAUGCCCAGCGAUUGUGUAUACAUGGCCAAAAUCCGCAACAAUGCGGAAAAAUGCAUGUGCACCAAAAUCAUUUCUAGAAUUGAAAAGGAAAAAAGAACCGAAAUGAACGUUUUAAACCACAACAAAAAUCAAUUCCUGAGUAAAUUUUCCAAAAAAUCUUCCAAGAAUUCAGUUGCAUCUGUUGGUGGUGAUAAGUUAUAUACAUGUCAAAUCCAUCCUGGAUCCUGCGAUAAAUGCAAUAUUUCAAACAAUUAUAAGAUUCUUCGUGAUUUGCUAUUUACUGAGGAUGAAAUAGAUAUAGAAAAAAUGCUGUGCCUUCAUUUACUCUCCAAUCACGACACAUGUGAACUGACACCACCAAGAGUUGUCAGAAAAAUUAAGAUGACCAUCGAAAAUUCGCCACUAGAGAGACUUAUAUACAGAUCCAAGAGAACAUCAAAAACAAAUGAAGAUCUAAUUCAUUUAUUAAAAUCUUAUAUUUUGGAAUGUCCUAGUUUUAAAGAAAACAAGCUGUUAAUAAGUGAUAGACGAUUGGACAGAAAAUACUUAUACAAUGAAAAAGUAGCUGAACUACUGAACACAUCUUUGAAAGCCUUGGAAAUUUCAAACAAACCAAAAUUGAGAGAAAUAUUUCGAAUGGCUACAGAAGAAGAAACAUUGAUUGAUUUGAUGCAGUGCCCUAAAAUCGAAAAUUACAUUCAGAAGCUGAGUACCCUUCCUAUAUUCACAAGGUUUCGUUCGUUAACAGUACAAACACUGCAGUUUAUUAUGUUUUUGUUUAGUUGCGAAUCUUAUGUGUUAAAAUCUGCUUGGAGGAUCAAACCAGAUACUUUGAGAAUUGUGACGAGACCGAAAAUUUUGGAGUCGUUUUUAAGUGAUAUUCAUAAAACCGUACUUCAGCUACCCUCUAGAAGAAGUUUCUGUGAGAGUGAAUCAGAUAAUUUUAAUUACAUUAAAACAACUAAUUCCAAAAUCAUUAACAGUCCAGUUACCAGGAAACCUAAGAUAAACAUUAUUAAAGGAGGUGCAACUUCUAGAAAGCUGUCUAGAAACAAUAGCAGUUUAGAGUUUCCCCUCAGUAAAUCUAGCUUGACAUCUUUAGAUCGGUUGAUUGAAGAAAUUGCUAACGCACCACCAAAUUUAGAAAAGAAACAGGACGAACGGAGUUUAGAAAAACGUCUGAGCGAAAAUGUUUGCCCUAAAAUUACUCUGAGACAGAUAAACUGCGAGGCUUGCACGAUGAGAUGGUUGAACCCGUUGCCCACGCCAAAAAUCCCGAACGUAAGGAGUAAUUCGCACGUCAUGAAGACAAACAGCGCUUGCCGAUUAUCCUGCAUGAUCAACGACGAACUGUAUUCUUUAAGAAUGUUUGGCAACAGAUAUUCAGAGGAAAAUGGCAAGUACGUGCGAUUCAAGAAGCCGAAGGAAGGUGCGGAGAAUUUGAAUGUGAUUCCGGAAAUGGCUAUCAGCAGUUUGGAUUUGGAUAGAAUCAAGCACGAAAUCAGGGACAAAGAGACAAAAAAGAAACUGAGAAGUUUUUUGAGCGAGCCCAUUUGUGACAUACGAUGAUGUUCUGAUUAGUUUAUUUCAAUAUAUUUUGGCACUGAAAACCUUAUUUUCUUACUGCAAUAUUAAAAAAAUUAAUUAAAAUUGCUAAAACAGUA